UUAUUGUUCCUUCCGGAAUUUUGAAAUGGGUUGCGAUUCGGACGUCGGCUAGGCUUUUUUUUUUUGUUUCUAACACGCAAAAUGGAUAAAGGGUGGCUUGAACUGGAGAGCGAUCCAGGACUUUUCACCUUGCUGCUACAAGAUUUUGGGGUGAAGGGAGUACAGGUUGAGGAGAUAUAUGAUCUACAGAAAGCUUUUGAGGGGACAACGUAUGGGUUUAUUUUCCUGUUUCGCUGGAUAGAGGAGAGACGCUCAAGGAGGAAAACUGUCACGGAGGAUGAAAGCUUCGUUACAGAUGACAACAUUGUCAACAGCAUCUUCUUUGCGCAACAGAUGAUUCCAAACUCCUGUGCUACCCAUGCUUUACUGAGUGUCUUAUUGAACUGUGAGAAAGUCAAUCUUGGAGAAACACUCUCAGAACUGAAAUCUUAUAGCAAGCAUAUGAAUCCAGAGAACAAAGGCUAUGCUAUAGGUAACAUACCAGAGUUGGCCAGAGCUCACAAUAGCCAUGCAAGACGUGAGAAUUCACAUUUACCAGAGAAACAGCAGGGUAUGACAAUAAGAACAAUGGAAGCUUUCCACUUUGUUAGUUACGUCCCGAUCCAUGGACACCUGUUUGAAUUGGAUGGACUCAAACCAUAUCCCAUAGAUCAUGGACCCUGGGAAAGCAAUGAAGACUGGACAGAGAAAUUCCGUCGUGUGAUCUCUGAGAGACUAGGCAUGGCAACAGGAGGAGAGCCAUAUCAUGAUAUAAGAUUUAACUUGAUGGCAGUGGUUCCAGACAAAGUGAGCUUGUACGAACACAAGCUGAGUACGCUGAAGACGAACAGACAGAUAGUUCUUGAAGCACUGCAGCAGCUUUUAGGAAAUCCGCCCAAGAUGGUUAAAGUGACCAAUCCUAAUAUAACUACAGCUGAGAAGGAGAAAUGUCUAGCAGUUGUGAAGAAACAUGGACCUGUAACAUCAAACAUAACUGUUCCCAUGGAGACCAAUGAAUCAGAAAAUAUCAAAAGUGAAUAUGCUUCAGAAACAAACAAAGAGAUUAUUCCUACUGUGAAAUCUGAAGUAAUUGACCUGACUGAUGAUGAGCCUGAUGUAAAAGUAGAGGCUGCAACAAGAGAAGCAAGUACUGAGGUCAAACCUGAUACAGUAAAAGAUUUAAAUAAAGUUAAAAUUGAACCUGAUAUUAAAAUGGAAAUAAUUUCAGCAAAUGAUGUAGUGAACAAGAAUUCAAAUAGUUGUAUAAGUACAGGACAAGCUUCAGUUAAUGAAGGAAUCGAAGUUCAGAUCUCUGUAGCAUCGGAAUCAGAUGGCGUGUCUACAAUAAUACCAACAACAGCCUCUACGACAGAUGUUACUAAACCUCUCACUAUAGAAACAAAAUUUGCAUCAUCGCCUGGUCCUAGCAGUGAAAGCACAGAUACGGCAUCAGAGGUGGGCAGUUGCUUCAGUUCACCUAGUAGCAGCACAAUGAGCACCUCGGCACAGAACAGCCCCAAUGUUGUAGGUUGGGAGAAAAAUGCCGAAGGAAGUUCAGCAGCUAAAGAAGGCGAGAGUUCAUCACCGUCUAAAUCAAAAACUAAAUUCAACAGCCAACAAGGAUUUAGACCAAAGGAUCUGAUAGCGUUACUGAAAAAUGUAGAGAAUGAGAUAAAACUGUGUGAGAUAAAACUACAGGAUGAGCAAGAGAAAAUCAAGAAAUACAAGAUUGACAAUUGUCGUCGUACCCACAACUAUGACCAGUUCCUGUGCACGUUCCUGUCAAUGUUAGCAGAGCAAGGUCAUCUCGCAGAACUUGUACAGCAACAUAGCUUUAUAAAGAAACGCGUACCGGGACAUAUAGGUAGCAAACUGUCGAAGCUGUCUCAGGCGGCAAAGAAGAAACAAACAAAAGCUAAGCGAAGAAGAUAGUGAAGGCUUGGUUUCAGUGUCACAAUAAAGUGCAAUAACUGAUUAUAUCAGUAUACUUCCUGCAGCAUUUUGAAAAUUGUUGUUUUUUAGUGUUUUCCUAAAGGAGUCAUAUCACUUGUCCGUCAGUUUGAAAAUGUUGAUGCAAUAAAUUUUUACUUGAUAACUCAACGAAAAUGCUUUGAUUUAGAUAUUUCGAGAUUUUUUUAGAGUUUAUCAGAACCUCUGCUGAAACUUUCACUCUGUUUAAUACGCAAGGGCUUGUAACAAGAGCAUAAACGUGUACAUGGGCUUCAAGGUCCUUACUAUAUACUAGUCUAUUGAGUGAUAUGAAGUAACUUAAAUUUGAUUGUUUCUGCCACUGUAUACAAAAAUAGUACCGGUAUUAGCCAUUUUGCAUAAAUAAAAAUGUAUGAUCAUCAUUAAAUGCCAUAACAGAAUCUCACAGAAUACUAUCUGAGUCUUUGUAUGCUGUGAUUGACAGCUGACUUCCAAAAUGAUGAGAGUUCAGAAAGUUCAAAUAUUUGAUCGGUCAUUUAAAAUUAAGUGUGUUAAAGUUACUUUUUACUUAAAAAUUGCUGUCAUCAUACUAAGUGAGAUGUAGAGCCAAUUUUGUUACCAGUUCAGCCUUACUUAAUAUUUUAGAAUUGUUAAAUUUUAUUUUGAAUUGUUGUAAAUUUCUAUGCAAACUGUUUACUGUGUACUUCUUUGAAACAGAAAAUAUGUCUUGUUGCACCAGAUAAACAGGUUUCAAAGUCACUUCAGCUGCAGCAUUUUAAGAAAAUUAGGCCAUUUUCUGGAUCCAGUUCAUCGCCGUAUUUCCACAAUGCCGUAACUUAUAGUUCUUUAUAGUUUUGGGAAACGACAUUUAAAGAGUUUGGGUGUCAAUGACUUUACACUACUCACAGCCUUGUUGAACUAAAAUUUAGCCUGUUUAUGUUAGUUUGACAAGGCCACAAAUUCACCAUUAUACAAAGGUUAUAGAGAUAUACCAAAUGACAGAAAAAUCUGAAUUUUGCCAAAAAUGGACUUACAGCACUCUGGAAUUUAGGCGACCAGUUGUUCAAAAUUUAAACAGCUGAUUAAGCAAGCAGUUGACCAACUUUUAGGGUUAUAUUUCAACAUUUUAGAAGACUUAAUAAAACAAAUGUAAGAGUUAAGGAUUUUGAACACUUAAAAGUCUUUACAAUUAAAUUAAAAAACCAUACCAGUGUUCCCCACUUGAAUCAAAAUUUAACCUGCAUUUAGUUUAAGAGCCUGUUAAUGUUUUGAACAACUUGGCUCUGGUCUUAAGUUUUGUUCAAAGUUUUGUUACAGGCUGAUUUUCUGCAGCUAACUGAGGGGAUAGAAUUUGAAACUUUUUAAGUAUUUAUUUAGGGACCUCACGUUCUUAAUAACUUUUCAAAAGUACACCCGUUGGACUCUUAGAAUUUUUUUACUGUAAAUUUAGGGACUAGCUGUAUCAGCAGCAGCAGGUACGUACAUCUUGUUAAUUGUUAUUGUCGAGCCUGCUUGCGGUGAGCUCAAUAUAGUCGUCACUUUUGGCGGGUCAGUGUAUGUGCGUGGUCCGUGUGUCCAUUUGAUUUUGUCCGGACCAUAACUUUGACUUUCAUGAACCAAUCUUGUUUAUAUUUGGCAUGAAUGUUUACCUCAAGGAGAAGGCAUGUUAUGUGCAAACCCCAUUUUCCUAUCUCAAAGGUCAAGGUCACAGUUGGAGGUCAAAGGUCAAAUUGAAGUUUGUCAGGACCAUAACUUUGACAUACAUGGACCAAAUUUGUUUAUAUUUGGCAUGAAUGUUUACCUCAAUGAGAAGGAGUGUCAUGUGCAAACCCCAUGUUCCUAUCUCAAAGGUCAUAGGUCAAAGGUCAAAUUAAAGCUUGCCCAAAGCAUUUCUUCUUCAUGCAUGGUGGGAUUUCGAUGUAACUUGGCAUGAAUGUUCAACUUUAUGAGUCGGAGUGUCAGGUGCAAAGUCAGGUCCCUAGGUCUAAGGUCAACGUCACACUUGGAGGCUAAAGGUCAGAUACAAGAAUGACAUUGUCUGGAGCAUGUCUUCUUCAUGCAUAAGGUGAUUUAGAUGUAGCUUUGGACAUAUGUUCAACACCAUGAGGCAACCUUGUUUUUAGAAUUACUUCCCUUUGUUGUUACUAUAAAUAGCUUAUAUUGUAACUGGCCGUCUGGUAAAAUUGAGACCUUUUUUCUGUGGUACAACAUGCAUGUUACAUCCAAUUUUAGGUGUAUUUUGACCUAUCUCUACCUGGUAAGGAGUUUUUUAUGGACUUGUAUAGAUUUUUUUUUGUAAUUGGUCAAAAAAUUCCAUAUGCAAAAACCGGUGCUAAUGUAAAUCAGUUCUGAGACCGCCAAAUAGUAUAAUAAAUGUUAAUUUUUUAGACAGCUGGCGGGCUCGACAUUCUGCCUGUGGGCAUGCAGAAUGUAUUUGUAGUUUAUCAAAUAAUGUUCAUUACUCUGUGUUAACUUUUAAUGUACUCAGUUUGCCUUAGACCGGCCUGCUUAGCUCAGUUGGGAGAGCACAGAUCGACGAAUUGCAGGAUCUUGAGUCCGAGCCCUGGGUGGCCCCUAUGUUCUCCGUGAUGAUUUUGAUAAAUAAAAAUUAUGUUUGAAAUCAUUCAUCCUCCACCUCUGGUUAUACAUUCGGGGAAGUUGGCAGUUAGUUGUAGAGGAUAGGUUUGUACUCCUGCCCACCAUUAAUUUACUGAAAUAGUGUUGAAAAACAGCAUUAAUCCCAAAACAAUCAGUUUGCCUUAAUAAGAUUAGAUUUUAAAGUACAUGAUUUUGAUGAUAUUUUACACAAAUAAUCUCUGGGUAACCCUCUUUCAAAGUUGUUGAAAUGGUUCUGGUUCAUUGAACAUAUGCAUCUUUUGGUUAAAAUAGGUUUUCAGCUAUCAGACUUUAAAAUCUUUUUCUGUAGAGCUUUGAUAUUUGGUGUAUGAUAUAAGCAUUUGCAUCUCUACCAUACUUGUCCAAAUUAUUGCCCUAAGGUCAAAACGGCCACACACCUAUGUGUGACAUGUACUUACUAUAAGCUUAUAUAUGAGAAACUUUUCUGAAUCAGUAAUAGAUAGAACAUUGAUAUUUGGCAUGUGAUAUCAGAGUUGUACUGUCUACCGUAAUUGUUCAAAUCAUUGCCCUAGGUUCAAAAAUAUGCUUGACAUGCAUAUAAUAUAGGCUAACAUAAAAGAAACCUAAAUCUGUACUUGUACCAUUACAUUAUACAAACACACUUUAAGCCUUGUACACAGGUGAGUGCUUUAGGGUCAAUGACCCUCUUGUUUUUGUACACAUAGAUGGAUAUUCAAAUAACUUAGCACAAACAUAGCCUGCCCGCUUAGCUCAUUAGGUAAGAGCGCUGAUCUACAGAUGCGGGGUCGUGAGUUUGAUCCUCAGGCGGGGCGUAUGUUCUCCGUGACUAUUUGAUAAAAGACAUUGUGUCUGAAAUCAUUAGUCCUCCACCUCUGAUUCAUGUGGGGAAGUUGGCAGUUACUUACGGAGAACAGGUUUGUACUGGUACAGAAUCCAGGAACACUGGUUAGGUUAACUGCCCACCGUUACAUGACUGAAAUACUGUUGAAAAACGGCGUUAAACCCAAAACACACAAACAAACAAAUCAUCAUAUUAAAUGAUAUUCUGAUUAUUUUGUUGUUAUUCAUUAAUUUACUAUAUAUGGUUAGUCUGAUAUGAAGAAAGAAGAAUCACAUCACUGUUUCCAAACUGACUGCUGUUCCAUUACAUGGAUAGUAUUCAAAUUGUUGUUUCAUUUUUGUUUUUAGUCCAGUUUUCAUAAUUUUAUCACCAGUUUUAAACAUUCAGUAUUCUCUGUCUAAUAAAAGAAAUAUUUUCAAGUGUUUUAUACAUUUAUACAUAUUCCUUAGUAAGUAGAUAAGUUUAUAUUGAUGCUGAGAUUGUAUCCUAUCACAUAAAUAACUGAACAUAGAAAUAUACAUGAGCCGUGUCAUGAGAAAACCAACAUAGUGGCUUUGCGACCAGCAUGGAUCCAGACCAGCCUACGCAUCCGCGCAGUCUGGUCAGGAUCCAUGCUGUUCGCUUACAGUUUCUCCAACUCCAAUAGGAUUUAAAAGCGAACAGCAUGGAUCCUGACCAGACUGCGCUGGUCACAAAGCCACUAUGUUAGUUUUCUCAUGGCGCAGCUCAUAUAAGAUUUUGUUUUGAAAUACUGCCAUGAAUCAAUGUCUCUUAAUUUUAUGUGCAGCUGUCAACUUUGCUGUCUUCAAGAAAGAAAGUAUAAUACACAGAAAUAAAGGUACUUAACUAAAAA